AUGUCGUGGGAUUCUAAAUCGGCGUUACAUCGCCGACAGAGCAGCAAUGCUGGCGCCACCAAAACUCUACCUAUUCACACUCGCGAACAGUCGGAAGCAACAAUCCAACCCAAAUCAAGCCAUGUAGCAGACGAUUUCCUGCAGAGCUUCCUGGAUCCUUCUUUUGACCCAGCGGCAUAUCUGAAUGCUACUCUGCCACCGCUUCAACAUGGUGGCUACCACUCAUCACGAAGCAAUGGCAACGGUCAGGCCGUCCCGCUGGCCGACUUGUCCAAUGAGGCGCAAACGCUGCUGUCCCAGCUCAACAUCCACACGACGAGGCUCUCCGGCACGUUGACCCAGUUGACGGACGACAUCCUCCGGAGCGGCAGCCGACUCGCCUACGAAGUCGAGCUCCUCCGAGGUGAGACCCUGAGUCUUGCUGAGACGAUGAAUGAGACGCUGCAGGAGGACAUCAAGAAGUUCGCGCCGAGUGGUGUGGAUCAGGAAGCCAAGGGAACGGUACCGAAGGCCGCGGACGGGCAAGAAAGGAGAGAAUCCGUGGGCGCCAGCAAGACCGGCGACGACGAAGCUACGGCCACGGAGGGCAAGGCGAAAACCUCAGAACCACCCUACAUCAACCAGCUGCGGACACUGACGGUGGUCCGCUCCCGCCUCGACACCGUCAUCAAGACCUUUGGAGACGCCAUGGAAUUCGUCUUCCCGCCGUCGGAGCUCUCGGUCAGCUCGUCCUUCCUCUCGGUCUCGGCGCCCGACCCGGGAGCGGAGCAGCACAGCACGGAGGAGAAGGGCCAGCAGGUGCUGCAGGGUCUGCGGGAUGAGAUCUCGCAGCUGCUGACCAAGUCGGAGGACCCCGUCAAGGGCAUCGAGAAGGCGGCGCAGCGGAUCGAGGAGCUCAAGGAGCUUAACAAGGUCUGGAAGGGCACGGCGGAGGAGAAGGGCAGGACAAAGUUCAUUGAGAGCCUGGCCAAGAUGGUGGAGGACCGGCAUCGGGAUCUCAUGAGGGAGGUUGAUCAAGCGAGCAGGAGGGAUGGGAAUGAGGGGCGGGCGAGGAAGGGGAGUGUUCAUGCUGAUGCCGCGGAGACCAAGACGUAUCUCGGGGGUUACGGCUUGAUGAGCCAGCUUCAGAAACUUAGAAACGGGUUGUAA